AUGGCACCUCUCGUCCCCAUCUUCUCUGCAGAAUCUCUCCCCGAUCAUGUCAAUACCGUCCGCCGCAACUUCCAAGAGAAACGCCGCAAAGGCCAACCAGUCAACCUCAAGGAGUGCCCAUUACUUGAAAUGACACAAUUCUCCUGCAAUCCACCACAAAAUGGGGUUCCCGAACCAGGGGUUGUGGUGUGCGAGCCUGUCGUGCGGUUGUUUCGACGCUGUGCCGGUGGGUUAAUGGUUGAGACAACAUCAUGGGAGACAAUUAGGCUGGUAGCGGAAGCGAAACAAAAUCAAACAGCGAAUACGAAACAAUGA